AUGGAUCAAGAUAUAUCUCGCUGGCAUGUCUGCAAUGACCUAGCUCGGGACUUUUUCAGGCAGUUUCAAUAUAACAUUGACAUCGCCCCUGACAGGAAUUCAUUGUCAAAUCUAAAGAAGAAGUCCUCGGAGAGCUUCCGAGAAUAUGCCGUCAAGUGGCGCGAACAAGCCGCCAGAGUCAAACCUCUCAUGGACGAAACAGAGAUGGUCAGUGUCUUCCUUCAAGCCCAAGAGGCUGAUUAUUAUCAAAACAUGAUGUCUGCGAUGGGUAAGCCAUUUGCCGAAGCCAUCAAAAUCGGUGAAAUGGUUGAAAAUGGGUUGAAAACAGGGCGAAUCUUGAGUCAGUCUGCUAUAAGAGCUACCUCCCAAGCCAUCCAGGGUGGGUCUGGAGGAGUAGCAAAUCGAAAGAAAAAGGAGGAAACAUUAAUGGCAACUUCGAGUGCAAGAAAACCCCGUCCACCCAGAUCUCUUUUCUCUGAAAGAAUCCCACAACACUACUAUCCCCACCAAGAUGUACCUUAUGCUCCUCAGCCAUACACAGUGAUGAAUGCCCAACCCUAUGUCAGGCCACAACAACAGUUUAACCAGAACAGAGCUCCACUUCCCAGAAAUCAACCUCCUUACCAAGCUCACUACAAUCCCCGACCUCCACAGAACAACUUCCAUACCCGGGGACCACCCAAGAAAACAAACUUCACACCCACUGGUGAGUCCUAUUCUAGCCUAUUCCCAAAAUUGGUCCAAAUGGGUUUGUUGCAACCCGUACCCCCGAAUAGGCAAAACCCAGAGUCACCCUCUUACCAACAUGGCGCCCGGUGUGCCUAUCAUUCAGGGGCAGAAGUGCAUGAUAUAGAUAAUUGUUGGACCUUGAAGAGGGCUAUGGAAGAUCUGAUAGAACAAAAGAGAAUAGUGCUAAGGGACGAAGACGUUCAUAAUGUAACCAACAAUCCACUACCGGCUCCCAACAACGGGCCAGUUAUUGGGAUGAUUUGUGAAGACAAAGAGUUUGACUCAGCUCUAAAAGCCAUCAUUGCCAUAGCCGACAUGGAAAAGAAACCAAAAGCUGUCGCGAAACAAGACAAGGGGGAGAAAAAGAGUAAAACCACCCCUCAGAAGACAGAAAAGAAAGUGGAAGUUGAAACUGGAGCAGCGCCCUCCAAAGAUGCCGUUCUCUAUGCCCCUCGAGGCCGCAAGAAAGAACAGAUGCCAUUGACUCCUCCUAGAAGGUUUGAGUUAAACAAGGGAGCUCAAAUGUAUGUGUCCAAGGGGACCUACGUGAUGCGGGGGCCAAUAAUUCCACCAAGGCUGAGUGAGCCCGUGGUUAUUGGCCGCGCGCCACAAAGGCCUAUGACAGAUCCCACUGCUGUGCCAUGGAAUUAUAACAAACCAGUAGUAACUUACAAAGGCAAAGAGAUCUCGGGAGAAAUUAAGGAGAAUAACCCGACUGAGAAGUACCUCAACCUGGAGGAAGUGAAUAAUGCCACAAAGAAGCGUUUCCCAUCUAAGAAGCCAGUCUCUCUUUUGUCUCUGCUGAUGAACUCAACUGAACAUCAAAAAGUGUUGAUCAAAACUCUCAACGAAGCAUAUGUGCCUAUUGAAACCACUGUAGAACAAUUGGAGAGGAUGUCAGAAAGGUUUUUUGCAAUCAAUCAAAUCUCGUUCAGCAAGAAUGAUUUGCCCCUGGAAGGGGCCGCACACAGCAAAGCCCUUCACCUGACAGUUAAAUGCGAAGGGUAUUAUGUGAAAAUGGUCAUGCUAGAUGGUGGUUCUGGGGUAGAUAUUUGCCCACUCUCAACUCUGCAACAUAUGGAAAUCGGUACUGAAAGAAUCAGACCCAACAACGUCUGUGUGCGUGCCUUUGACGGCAUCAAAAGAGAUACUAUUGGUGAAAUUGAUAUGAUUUUAACUAUCGGCUUGACCUUUCAGGUCUUGGACAUGGAUACUUCCUAUAAUUUCCUCUUGGGAAAGCCGUGGAUUCACGCAGCAGGGGUUGUGCCUUCUACUCUCCACCAGAUGGUAAAGUUCGAACAUGAAGAUCAGGAGAUUGUAGUUCACGGGGAAGAUGAGCAAUCGAUUUAUCGGGACCCGCCAGUCCCUUGUCUUGAAGCUAGAGAAGGAAGUGAACAUAUAGUCUACUAG